ACGGUUUCUCGGUCGCCUCUAGAGAUGCUAGGCGCGGCAUGGUCAGUCCAGACCAACAAUGCCCACUGGAUUUUAGACGACAAGGAGCUGCAAGAUGCAACGCAAGGGUUUCAAUCCCAGAAAUCGUUUCGCAAGGACUUCUUUGCGUAUUGCAAGCUCCUCAACGUGACGCCCCAUCCCAAGUUGUGUCCAAAGCUAGACGAAGAAGACAAGGACUUGCUCGUGCAAGGCUACGACGAAUCCGACACUGACACCGUAAACGUGCGCAACUGGAUGCUGGAUGGGGCGAGUCUCAAGGUGAUGUCCCUGGCCCUGCACAAUUGUCCUGCCAUCCACACCGUCAAGCUGUUCAAUGUUGCAUUGACCAUCGACCAACUCGAUUUUGUGUGUGUAAAGUUUCCAUCAACUUGCAUCAAGAACCUACAGCUCGAAUGGAACGCUAUUCCACCCGCGGCUGCUGCCGACGCCCCCGACCAUACCACAUGCUUUGCAAACUUGCUGUCUCCUCAGUCGUCCAUAACUAGCCUGUCGUUGCGUGCUAAUGGCAUCACUUCCGCUGGCGCGGCAGCCAUCGCCGACAUGCUGAAGGCAAACACCAAGUUGGCCGUGCUGAAUCUGUUCCGGAACGACCUGCAUGAUGACGGCGCCGCCGCCCUGGCAUACGCACUGACCGAGAACAAGACGCUCUUGCAUCUAUCUGUCGCCAACAACCACAUCACGAGUCAAGGCGCCACAGCCAUGAUUCGCGGCCUCACGCGGUACAUUCUCCGCGACGAUCAACUGCAGCAUGCCGCCGAAGUCGAAGUCCAAAUCCAAGCCGCGGUAAACCCGUUGUGCUAGGCAUGGAAGGUGGCGUUCUUUCUCUCAAUCCUGUCGAGGUUGUAGCUGGAAGCGGCCAAGAAGCAAAAAAAGAAGCUCGAACGAGCAGACGUGAUCAAGGAACUGAAUGUGCCCGACACGGAAACCGUCGACGGCGUCGUGUACGGCGUCGGCAACGCCACGUUGCAGUCGUUGACCCUGAGCGGGAACGCCAUGACGACAGUGGACGAACUCAUGCCGCUCAACAAGCUCCUGGAAGACCAUCAUGUGAAGCUCAAGACGCACUUGCAUGUGAUCAAGGUCCAGCGCAUGUUUCCUGCGACGGCCACCAGUAAUGCUAAGCCCUCGUUGUCCGAGCUCCUCGCGCUGUAACGAGGAUGCGUGGCGGUUGUAGCUACGUCAUAUGUAGCCAACCAGUCCAUUGCAUUCGGUGGCUGCUUAUGCGCACUGCAAUGUGUACAAUGCAUGCACUGGAUUGCAUCUGCUUAGUACGUCAGUUAUGUGCACUUUGCUGUUUUGUGGAAUCGGCGGCUUGGAGCGUAACCUGUGCUUUCGGGGAUGACUUAAUAUACUCAAUGGGAUUUCAUGAUAACGUUGUCUGGCGACAGCAACUGCAUCACGCGAGGAUACACGCAGACAAACAUGAGAAGCAACAAGAUCACGGCGACGACAAUCAGCGGGAUCGCGCUGCGCGGAAGGACCUGCAACACCACGUCUUCGAGGAGAAUGUCGAACUCUGUCCGUCUCGCGUCCAUCUCGGCUUGAGUCAGGAGGUAUGAAAUGCCUUCGACUUGCAUGGACACCUACCUCGUCCUUUAUCAACGAGUUUGUUGAAGCUCCAGAGAAUGGGAUCUCGUACCUGAACGUAGGAGAUUUUGUCCGCAAUGCCGCGGACGAAUGUCUUCUCCGUGUUCAAGAUGCGUCGCAUGUUUUUGUACUGGGCACGAUCCUUGUGGAGGCCCUCCGUUGAAUCGAGGAUGCGAAGGGUGAACUUGCUCGGAGUUGUCGCGCGAUACGACAACUUCACCUCGUACGAUACAUCUGCGUCUGUUCGAAGCUCAUACACCACGGGCUGAUUGGGGUAGAUCACUUGAUGGGUUUGCAGUUGGUUGGGGUACAGCACGGCUGCAUUCGACGACGCAUACACGCUAUGGAGAAGGACAGUCGCCACCGCUGCCACAAGGAGUACCCAUGAUGGCGCCAUC